AUGGCUGACAGCAAGAAUGACCUCACUGCUCUUGGAGCUGGCAACCUCUUCGGUGUCAAUGGCAUGGUUGCCGUUAUCACUGGUGGCGGCUCAGGAAUCGGUCUCAUGAUGGCCAAGGCGUUGGCGGUGAACGGCGCCGAAAAGGUCUACAUCCUCGGGAGGCGCAAGGAGGUCCUAGAAGAAGCUGCUGCAUCUGUGGUACCAAACAUUGUCCCUCUGGUAUGCGAUGUCAGUGACAAGAACAGUCUCAAGGAAGCAGCCGCAGCUAUUGAGAAGGAGGCUGGCUUUAUCAAUCUCCUAGUCUGCAAUGCUGGUGUCGGAGGACCCCAGGUCAAGGCUCCCACCCCCGAGACAACGGCUGCCAAUUGGGCGGAGCAACAUCUUGCCCAUGACAUGACCGACUACACGCGAGUCUUCGAUGUCAAUGUCACGUCUGUAUGGUACACCACGAUGGCUUUCGUCAAGCUUCUUGACCUCGGUAACAAGAAGGGAAACAUGUCACAAAGCUCUCAGGUUGUCUCGACAAGCUCCAUUGCCGCCUUCAACAAGAUCGCUCCCGGUGGCUGGGCGUAUGGUCAGUCCAAGGCAGCCGCAACAUUGCUUAUCAAGCAACUGUCAAGUAACCUGCCUCGUUGGAACAUUAGAGCCAACUGCAUUGCCCCCGGCCUGUUCCCAAGCGAAAUGUCGGCUCCUAUAGCCAAGCUUUACGCCGAGGACGGCAGUGUCCCAAAGGAGAUGGUCCCUCUUCAACGAAUGGGGGACAUCCGAGACAUGGCAGGCGUCAUGCUCUAUCUUGCAUCCAGAGCUGGGGCGUAUUGCAACGGUGCGGUGAUAACCGUGGAUGGUGGUAGACUUGGAAACUUCCCUACUACAUGGCAUGCCUAG